AUGGACAUCGGUGCAAGUAUAGCAACAUCACCUGACUUCAUUGAUUUAAGGCAAUGGAUAACACACAAUGUUUCACUUAUCUGGUUAGAUGAGAGUUUCGAUCAGUCAACGGAAAUCUGUCAACAUACGCUGGCACCAUUUCGAAAUAUCGUUCACGAUGUCAACAUUUUCACCAGCUGGGAUGAAUGUAUCAACUUCGUCACCAAAUUCAAUGGUAUGAAGGCUUUUCUAGUCAUAAAGGGUACUAUUGACUCACAGAUAAUGUCCCUCAUUCACGAUCUACCUCAACUUGGUAGCAUUUUCAUCUAUUGUAAAAGCAUAUCCUACCAUGAACAGGAGGCUAAGAAUUGGAGCAAAAUUAAAUGUGCGCAUACGGAAAUUGAAUCCAUACGCAAAGCACUUCAACUGGCUGUGAAGCAAUUUAAUCAAGAUUCCAUUUCCAUCAGUUUUCUCCCGAAAAGUGAGGAGACUUCCAAAAUUAAUCUGAAUCAAUUACCCCCAUCCUUCAUGUACACUCAAAUAUUGAAGGAAAUUCUUAUUGAAAUGGAACAUGAUGACAAAUCUCUGAAGGAUUUUAUCAAAUUUUGGCAUGAACAAGAGAUCCAAUAUGGCGAUAAAAACAAAAGUAUUGAUGAAUUCGAACGUACUUAUUCUGCAGAGGGUCCUAUUAAUUGGUAUGUGAAAAAGGGCUUCAUCUACGAUGAUCUUAAUCGGGGCCUUCGUGAGUUGAACUCUGACAUAAUUAUUAAGAUGGGGGUUUUCAUUCAUGAUCUCCAUCAAAAACUUAAUGAAUUGCAGCAAGGACAGGCGAGACCGCCUUUACCACUGUACCGAGGACAAGGUUUAUCAAAAACAGAUUUUGAAAAAUUGAAUAAAUCAAAGAAUGGGCUGAUAUCAUUCAACAACUUUUUAUCCACCAGUAAAGAUUCAAUAACUGCUAUGGGUUUUGCUGAGAUUGCUUCAGAAUUACCUGACAUGGUAGGCAUUUUUUUUGAAAUGACAAUACCUCGUUCUGUCCAGUCAGUCCCAUUCGCUGACAUUCAAGAGUAUUCUGAAAAAGAGUCUGAACAGGAAACACUCUUCUCCAUGCACGCCGUCUUUCGUAUCGAUGACAUCAACAGAAUGCGUGAGAACCUUUAUGAAGUGAACCUUACACUUACAACUGAUGAUGACCCAGAGCUUUGCAAUCUUACAGAAUAUAUUCGCGAGGAAGUUGCAGAUGAAACAGGUUGGAAACGAUUAUGUCUGUUACUUGUGAAAAUAGGUAAAUUCGGCAAGGCAGCGGAACUUUACAAUGCAUUAAUUGAGCAAACAUUUGACGAGGUUGAGAAAGCGGGUUAUUAUAACAAUUACGGAUAUAUUAAAACACAGCAAGGCAAUUAUGACGAAGCUAUAGAAUAUUAUGAAAAGGGGCUUAAAGUAUUCGAAAAAGCUCUUCCUUCGGAUGAUUUGUACUUAGCAACGUCCUACAACAACAUUGGUAAGGUGUAUAAGAGUAUGGGCCAGUACUCAAAAGCAUUGUCGUUUUGUGAAAAAGCACUAGAAAUUUUUGAGAAAACUCUUUCUCCAAAUGAUUCUUCAUUGGCUACUUCCUACAACAAUACUGGUGGAGUAUAUAUGAAGAUGGGAGACUAUCGACAAGCACUGUCAUUUUAUGAAAAAGCACACCAAAUUCGACAGAGACUUCUUCCUCGAAAUCAUCCUUCGUUGGCUAUUUCCUACGACAGUCUUGGUUCAGUGCAUGACAACAUGGGAGAAUAUUCGAAAGCACUUUCGUUUUACGAAAAAGCACGUGAAAUUCGUGAAAGCACACUUCUUGAGAAUAAUCCAGAUUUGGCUACUUCCUAUAAUAACAUCGGUUUGACGUAUCGAAACAUGGGAGAGUAUCCGAAAGCACUUUCGUUUUACGAAAAAGCACGUGAACUUCGGCGAGAAAUCCUUCCUUCGAAUCACCCAGACCUGGCUAUUUCCUUCGACAACAUUGGUUCAAUCUAUACCAACAUGGGAGAAUACCCAAAAGCACUAGAACUUCACAAAAAGGCACUUGCAAUCUUUGAAGAAACUACUCCUCAAAAUCUUUCUAGUUUGGGCAUUUCCUACAAUAACAUCGGUUUCCUUUAUAGUGAAAUGGGUGAGUACUCAAACGCACUUUCAUUUUGCCACAAAGCGGUAGAAAUCUUCGAAAAAACGCUUCCUUCAAACCAUUCUUUCUUGAGUAAUGCUUACAACAAUAUUGGUUCCAUAUAUAAUUAUAUGGGACAUUACUCUGAUGCACGUUCGUUUUACGAAAAAGCACUUGAAAUUCAACAAAAAACCUUUUCUUUAAACCAUCCUUUGUCAGCCACUUCCUACAACAACAUCGGUUUGAUAUAUAAUAGAAUGGGAGAGUACUCAAAAGCACUCUCGCUUUGCGAAAAAGCACUUGAAAUUCAACAAGAAACGCUUCCACAGAAUCAUCCAGGUUUGGCUACUUCCUAUAAUAACAUGGGUUCGAUAUAUCAAAGCACGGGAGAGUAUUCGAAAGCACUUUCAUUUCAUAAAAAAGCAUUUGAAAUUCGACAAGAAAAGCUUCGUCCGAAUCACCCUGAUUUGGCUAGUUCCUUCGACAGUAUCGGUUCAGUGCAUCGCAAUAUGGGAGAAUAUUCAAACGCACUUUCAUUUUGUACAAAUGCCCUUGAAAUUCGGGAAAAAACACUUCCUCCGAAUCAUCAGUCACUCGCUACUUCCUACAGUAACAUUGGUUCGGUGUAUAAUGACAUGGGAGAUUAUGCGAAAGCACUUGUUUUCUACCAAAAAGCAGUUGAAAUCUUUAAAAAAGUUCUUCUUCCAAAUCAUCCGUCAUUGGCUAGUUCCUUCGACAAAAUUGGUUCCACAUUUGAAAACAUGGGAGAGUAUUCGAAAGCACUUUCGUUUUACGAAAAAGCACUUAAAAUUCGACAAGAAACACUUCGUUCAAAUCAUCCUGAUUUGGCUGCUUCUUUCCAUAAUCUCGGUUCAGUGCUUGGCAGUAUAGGAAAGUAUUCAGAAGCACUUUCAUUUUGUAAACAAGCAUUUAAAAUUCUGGAAGAAACACUUCCUCUGAAUCGUCGUUUACUCGCUACUUCCUACAGCAACAUUGGUUCAGUGUAUAAGGAUAUGGGAGAGUAUGCGACAGCACUUGCCUUUUACCAAAAAUCAGUUGAAACCUUUGAAAGCGUUCUUCUUCCAAAUCAUCCGUCGUUGGCGACUUUUUACAACAACAUCGGCUUGGUGUAUAAUAAAAUGGGAGAGUACUCGAAUGCACAAGUUUUUCACGAAAAAGCACUUGCAAUUCGAGAAAAAAUUCUUCCACCAAGUCAUCCUUCGUUGGCUGUUUCCUUUGGUAACAUCGGUUCGGUGUAUAUUAGAAUCGGCGAGGACUCAAAAGCACUUUCUUUUUACGAGAGAGCACUUGCAAUUCAACAGGAAACUCUUCCUCCCAAUCACUCUUCGUUGGCUAUUUCUUAUAACAACAUUGGUGCGGCAUAUACUAAUAUGGGAGAAUAUUUGAAAGCUCUUUCGUUUUAUCAAAAAGCUCUAAAAAUCUUCGAAGAAACUCUUCCUCAAAAUCACCCUUCACUCACUACGUAUUACGACAACAUCGGUGAAGUGUAUAACAACAUGGGAGAAUACUCAAAAGCACUUUCAUAUUACGAGAAAGAGGCAGAAAUUUUCGAAAGAGUUCGUUCUGCAAAUCAUGCUGAUUUGGAUUUGGCUGUUUCUUAUAAGAAGAUUGCGGGAAUAUACUAUAUCACUGGUGAGUACUUGAAAGCUUUUCAGUUUUACGAAAAAGUGCUUGAAAUAUUCAAAAUAUUGGUUCCUCCAAACAAUCCUGUGUUUGCCACUUUGUAUAGCAUCAUCGGUUCAGUGUCUAAUAAAAUGGGAGAUUAUUCAAAAGCACUUUGGUUCCAUGAAAAUGCUCUAGAAAUCUUUCGCAACACUCUAGAUUCUAAUCAUAUUUUGUUUACUACCUCCUUCAAUAACAUCGCUUUGGUGUAUAAGAACAUGGGAGAAAACUCAAAAGCAAUUUUGUUUUAUAGAAAAGCACUCGAAAACUUGAAAAAAUAUAUCAGUCAAAAUCACCCAUUUUUCAUUUAUGCGUACAAGAAUAUUCCUGAAAUACUUAUGGAUAUGGAAAAGUAG